CCUUCACAAGGUCGAAAAGGUGACUAUUCUGUGAUUCAGCUUAGAAAUUUUGACAUUUUCAUUCGUGCCGGUGAGCUGGUAAAGUGGUAGUUUUGAGUUUUUAAGAAAAAAACUUGCACAGAGAUGCCUAUCAAAAGCGUUUUGGCCCGUAAUAUUUUCGACUCACGGGGAAAUCCAACUGUGGAAGUUGACCUGGUCACCGAUUUGGGACUUUUCCGAGCUGCUGUCCCUUCUGGUGCCAGUACUGGUGUCCAUGAAGCCCUAGAGCUACGUGACAAUAUCAAAAGUGAAUACCAUGGCAAAGGAGUUCAGAAAGCCAUUGACAAUAUCAAUAAAAUCAUUGCUCCUGAACUUUUGAGCGCUGGGCUAGAAGUUACUCAGCAAAAAGAAAUAGACGAGUUCAUGCUGAAGUUGGAUGGAACUGAAAAUAAGUCUAAACUUGGUGCCAACGCUAUACUAGGAGUUUCUCUAGCCGUAGCCAAGGCAGGUGCUGCUAAGAAAGGAAUUCCUCUGUACAAACAUAUUGCUGAUUUGGCUGGCAACAAAGAAAUAAUUCUUCCGGUCCCCGCCUUUAAUGUGAUCAAUGGUGGAUCACAUGCUGGCAACAAAUUGGCUAUGCAGGAAUUCAUGAUUUUACCAACUGGGGCAUCCUCCUUCACGGAAGCUAUGAGAAUGGGCAGUGAGGUUUACCAUCAUUUGAAGAAAGUCGUCAAGGACAAAUUUGGUUUAGAUGCUACUGCUGUAGGAGAUGAAGGUGGCUUUGCCCCCAACAUUCUCAACAACAAGGAUGGUUUAGACCUCAUUAAAGUAGCCAUUGAAAAAGCUGGUUACACUGGCAAAAUCGAAAUCGGUAUGGAUGUAGCUGCAUCUGAAUUCUACAAGGAAGGUCAAUACGACUUGGACUUCAAGAACCCCCAAUCCGACAAAAGCAAAUGGUUGACCCCUGAAAAACUUCUUGCCUUGUACCAGGAGUUCAUCAAAGACUUCCCCAUCACUUCCAUUGAAGAUCCCUUCGACCAAGAUGAUUGGGCAGCCUGGUCUGCCAUGACUGCUGCUACAUCCAUUCAAAUUGUUGGAGACGAUCUUACUGUGACAAACCCCAAACGUAUCCAGAUGGCUGUGGACAAGAAAGCCUGCAAUUGUUUGCUCCUCAAAGUAAACCAGAUCGGUACCGUCACGGAAUCGAUCAAAGCUCAUCUGUUGGCCAAAGCUAAUGGCUGGGGCACUAUGGUUUCCCACAGGUCUGGUGAAACUGAAGACACCUUCAUUGCAGACCUGGUUGUGGGAUUGUCUACAGGGCAGAUCAAAACUGGGGCACCUUGCAGAUCUGAACGUCUAGCUAAGUACAACCAGAUACUUCGUAUUGAGGAGGAGUUGGGGUCGGCAGCCAAAUAUGCCGGCAAGUCAUUCCGUAAACCAUGUUAGACAUUUCAUGGUUGAUCAAAUCAGUUUAGCGGAACUUUGGGCACUGCCAAAGAGUCUGAUUACGAAUAUAUUAGGAGCUAAAAUAUUGACACAUUCAAAAUGUACUAUUUUUUAAAUGUAUUCUUUUUUGGAAUUUGAGUAGCUCACUCAAUGUGCAUGCAAAUUAUUUAUUCUGAAUUCCUCCAUGGAAAUAAAUGGAUCUAAACCUCUGA